AUGUCGUACUUUGCCCCUUUGCUCAACUACGAAGCAGACAGCUCUAAUGAGCUAAACUUCGGUCCCAUUAACAGAAAUAACACGACUGAAUAUCAAAGCACUAUACACCCAAGCCAUUGUUUCAAAAGAGACGCAUAUGAUCCUUUCUUUUUUUUUGAUGGUCUUUUAGAUAAAGAUAAUUCACUUGGUAUUUUUUAUAGCUUAGAGCCCUUCUAUAGCGUAUCAAGCCAUGAUAUCCUAGUUCAAGGUCAAGAUCAAGAUCAAGGCCAAGAUCAAGGCCAAGAUCAAUAUCAAUAUCAAUGUCAAGAUCAAGAUCAGGGGUUGUUUUGCUUGUCCUCGUACUCCCAGCAACUCAUGAAGGCAGAAUCUAUCUGCUCUACAAAUUACAGUAUGCCCAGCCUCGAAGAUUCCCAUAAACAAGAAGAAACACUUUACUCUUCGCCCUCUUCUUCUUAUUUUUCUGAAGAAUUAUUCUCCCAACGGUACUACAGUCCUAGCAUGUCUCUAGUCAGCGAGACUUCUGAGUUUCUUUUCAAGCCCUUUGAUGACCAAUGCAAAGGAACCUGUCCUGCCCCAUCUUUAUUCAUCACACGCGAAACUGGUCAAGAAAAGCCAAAUCGCAACCUUACAACUGUAAAGUCCAAAUCAAGCAAGAAAAAAACCCCAAAGGCCAAAUCACGAAAGGUCCUCCCCAUUUUAAAGAAAUUCAAGUGCGAUUAUUGUCCUUAUGCCAGUAAUCGCCUUAAUAACACAAACCGACACGCCAAGAAACAUACGGACGAAGUAAUAGAAAAGUCUCCAUGUGAUGUGUGCUCAAAGUCAUACUCCGGUAGAUCUAAUAUGCUUCGACACAAAAAGCUUCACCAUAUUUAA